AUGACUCAACCAAAUAUUACCCUAUAUACGGCUCAGACCCCUAAUGGCAUUAAGAUCUCUAUAGCGCUAGAGGAGCUUGGUCUGCCAUACAAGGUCGAGAAGAUUGACAUCUCGAAAAACACUCAAAAGGAAGACUGGUUCCUAAAGAUCAACCCUAAUGGCCGCAUCCCUGCCUUGACGGACACCUUCACCGACGGCAAGGAUAUCCGUCUAUUUGAGUCUGGUAGCAUCUUGGAAUACCUGGCGGAACAGUACGACACAGAUCACAAGAUCUCAUUCCCCAAAGGCACGCGGGAUUACUACGAGAUGAAGAGCUGGCUGUACUUCCAGAAUGCAGGCGUAGGACCCAUGCAAGGCCAGGCCAACCACUUCUCACGAUACGCGCCCGAGCACAUUGAGUACGGUGUGAAACGAUACGUCAAUGAAUCGCGUCGGUUGUAUGGUGUGUUGGACAAGCACCUCGCAGAGUCCAAGUCUGGUUAUAUUGUCGGUGAUCACGUCUCUCUUGCUGAUAUCGCCCACUGGGGGUGGAUUUCCGCUGCAGGAUGGGCCGGUAUUGAUAUCGAUGACUUCCCAAAUCUCAAGGCUUGGGAGGAGCGUAUGCUACAGCGACCGGGUACUGAGAAAGGUCGUCACGUUCCUUCCCCUCAUACCAUUAAAGAGCUCAUUAAGGACAAGGAAGCUACGGAGAAGAUGGCUGCUGAAUCUAGGGCUUGGAUUCAACAGGGGAUGCAGGCCGAUGCCAAGCGUAAAGAUUAA